CGAGGUGCAACAAGCUCUUAUGAUCUGUGUAAUGGGAUGUCGGGGCUUACAGGAUGUGUAAGGCAGAAGUAUGGCAUUCUGUAUCCGGAAUUUUCUAAUGUGUUGGUCUAUGGUAUGACAAUCCUGCAGGUGACGCUGGCGGUGCGAGAACCUGAUGCCGCCCAUCGGCUGUUGGUGUCGAGGGUGGAUGGCGGUGACGUGACACGGCUGGUAUCGGUGGGGAAGAUGAAUUUGGGCGAGGCUGGUGGGAAGGCUCGCCUCACCUGGCCUGUCGUGCCCGACGUUUUGCGGCAAUACCAAGACUUCGGGGGCCGGCAGCUGGCGGUGGCUGCCAACAACGACUGGCCCUUCUUUGCCAUCGAGAUUCUUCAGGAUGGACGACGGGUGGCAGCUUCAGGCAUCGAUGUAGAAAUUAUUAACGCUCUGGCAAACCGACUCAACUUUACGUACCGCGUGAUGUCACCUCCAGACGGGCAGUGGGGUUGGGUGCACCCCAAUGGCACGGUGACCGGUAUGAUCGGGCUGCUGGCUCGCAGGGAAGCUCAUGUAGCAAUUUGCGAGAUAACUAUCACAGGAAGCCGCGAGACGGUGGUGGACUUCACGGCGCCUUACUUCAUGGAAUACGCAACGCUGGUGUCCCGCGCCCCCGCCCUCAAGAACAGGACCUUCGCCGUCUUCUCACCAUUUUCCCCUCAGGUUUGGUUGUGCAUCGCCCUGAUCACCGCAGUGCUGGGGCCCGUGGCGAGUGUCGUGGCGCGGCUCAGGGCUUUGUAUGACGGCGUGGCUCCCCGCCGCGAUACCAACGACUUCUCCUUCAAUGUGUUCCGGAACCUGGUUAUCCAAGGCAACCGCAUUCCCGUCCUCUACUUGCCCAGCAGGUUCAUCUUCAUCUUCUGGUACCUCUUCUGCUUCUACGUGUACGCCUUGUACUCCGGCACCCUGACGGCCGUGCUCGCAGUGCCAGCCUUCGAAAAGCCCAUUGACGCGCUCACCGACCUGCAGAAGGCCAUCUCAGAAGGGUUCACCCUCGGCGUCAUGGCGGACUCAAGCUUGGAAUAUAUUUUCAAGGAGGCAGAGAGCGGCAUCUACAAGGAGGUGUGGGGCUUGUUCAACCACAGAGACCCGUCGCGGAGCUUCGUCAACCAUCCGGACCGUGGCUUUGCAAAGCUCACGCAGGAGAAGUUUGUGUUCGUAAAUUCACAGCUGAAUUCCGAAUUGCGAGUGAGCCAGCGAGGGCGACAAAACUUUCACAUCGGUCGACAGUCUUUUUUCCCUCAGGCCUACGGCAUCGCCUGCUUCAGCGGUGCUCCCUUUCUGGACAAAUUCAACCAACUGGUGGCGCGGUUGGUGGAGGGCGGGCUGGUGAACCACUGGAAGGAGGAGGUGGUAGUGCUCGCCGCCGCUGCAGCCCCACUUCACAACGACCCCAAGAGACGUCCCUCGGCCAUUUCCCUCAAGCACCUCCAGGCGGCCUUUUUAGUGCUGGUGCUGGGAGCGGCGCUGGGCGUGCCGGCGCUGGUGGGGGAGCUCCUUGUCUCCAGGUGCUGCCGCUGGUGGCAGGACGGCGACCCGCUGACCUCUCGUUGACUUUAAACUCCGAGCACUCACACACCUUAGACACGCGUCAAACAUCCCUCAUGGAGAGGCAGUCCAGGCGAGCCACGGCUGGUUUUCUGUGGCAGAACUUAACGAGGCAUCAUGGUGUCUUUGGCACGGCCACCCUCCACAUCGUUCCCUCAAUUGUGUUUCUGUAUCGCCCACUUGUUUCCUGGUUUGCUAUAGACACAAGCGAGUGGCAUAGCGGUAGAAACCCACGACCUCAAAUGGUAGUCAUGUAAUGCACUUUACAGUAAUAAAUAAAAACUUGAACUGA